GUGUAAACAGAGCGGUGGCCAACCCUUGACUUGGAAGAGGAGUACGAAGGAGAUCACGAAACGCUUGGGUGCUGUCGGUGCUACUCGCCUUCCAGGAUGGGGACCGCGUGAUCCUCACUGUGCCUGGUUGGAGACACUACAAGAUAUGGCUGCCAACCGAUGUCAAUGGCGUUCUUGUUCGGUAAAAACCGCAUACAAAUUGCACAGUGGUUAUAUCGGUGCUACUCGCAUUCGAGGAUGGGCACCGCGUGAUCCCCACUGCGCCUGGUUGGAGACAUUGCAAGAUAUGGCUGCCAACCGAUGUCAGUGGCGUUCUUGUUGUUA